AUGGAGCCAAAAAACCUCACGUGGGUAUCAGAGUUUGUCUUUUUGGGGUUCUCAGAGACUCGAGAGCUCCAGUCUUUCCUGUUUCCGGUGUUUCUGUUUGUCUACACCACCACUGUCGUGGGAAACCUCCUCAUCAUGGUCACAGUGACCUCAGACUCUCGGCUUCACACACCCAUGUACUUUCUGCUCCGCAAUCUGGCUGUCUUAGACCUCUGCUUCUCCUCUGUCACUGCCCCAAAGAUGCUGGUAGACUUCCUCUCUGAGAAGAAGACCAUCUCCUACCAAGGCUGCAUGGCCCAGCUCUUCUUCUUCCACUUUCUGGGAGGCGCCAUGGUCUUCUUCCUCUCGGUGAUGGCCUAUGACCGCCUUGUUGCCAUCUCCCGGCCCCUCCACUAUGUCACCAUCAUGAACACUCAGCAUUGCGUGGGGCUGGUGGUGACAGCCUGGGUGGUAGGUUUCGUGCAUUCCAUUUACCAACUAGCUCUGAUGCUCACAUUGCCUUUCUGUGGUCCCAAUGUCCUGGACAACUUCUACUGUGAUGUCCCACAAGUGCUGAGACUCGCCUGCACUGACACCUCCCUCCUGGAGAGCCUCAUGAUCUCCAACAGUGGAAUGCUGGAUGUCAUCUGGUUCUUUCUCCUCCUGACCUCCUACUCAGUCAUCCUGGUGAUGCUGAGGUCCCACUCUGGGCAGGCGAGGAGGAAGGCAGCUUCCACCUGCACCACCCACAUCGUCGUUGUGUCUAUGGUUUUCAUUCCAAGCAUUUACCUCUAUGCCCGGCCCUUCACCCCCUUCUCCAUGGACAAGGCUGUGUCCAUCGGCCACACGGUCAUGACCCCCAUGCUCAACCCCAUGAUCUACACCCUGAGGAACCAGGAGGUGCANACUCAGCAUUGCGUGGGGCUGGUGGUGACAGCCUGGGUG